AUGGAGAGUCUCACGUCUACGCUGGCCGAGCUCAACUUGAACUCGCAGGGUGUUAGCGGGAAGGCCUUUGAUGCACGUCUGGUUGAGGAGGAAAACAGCACAUAUAGGCGUUGUGAAUCUAGACGGAAAACCCACCAAAAUGCAGCAGAGCUGAAAGAGGAGCUGGAGAGUGAAUUCUUGACGCCCUCACCUCGGUUUAGUCCAGAGUGGUUGAAUCGGUUGCAGAAGAGAUGGGAUGUAUCAACGGAUUACUCUGACCUGUUCGAGGUUGCAGGAACUCAAACACGAACGAUCGUUCGUUUUGAUCGUGAAGGUCUUGAAGGACGCGUCACAGGGUACCAUGAAGUAACUGUCCCUGCGAAUAGCGCGAAUGCUAAGAAUUCAUCGUCUCUGCUCCGCCGACCCGCUGGUCGUGCUGAUUUCGUAAGAGGCGCUGCUGGAUUUUUCCCCUUUGCUCCAGGGGGCUUGGAGGGCGUCGAAGCAAUUGCGGAAAUGGAGUCAGGGGUGCAGACGGCAGAGGCUACCCGGGCUACUGGCAAGCAGGCUGGUUUAGACCGGAUUAUUAACUUCGGAGCUGAGGGUGGCCUGUUAGAGAUUGCUCCUGGGUUUUCUCGUGGACUUAAAUUCGAAGAAGCGAAAUCCAAGGAAGAUGCAGAAGACGACGAAGAGGUCGAAAAUACCCUCCAGCAGGAGGAAAGCAAUAUCGAGACGGAGCAGGAUGAGGGCGCGUCUGAUGUGGAAGGGGGUGUUAAAAUAGGGGAUGAAGGUGAAUCCAGCAGCGAGGAAGAAGGAGAGGAGGAUAUCGAUUCUCUAUUGCCGCUUGAGUUUCCUUCUCUGGAACCACGUGCCCCUCUCUUUUCUAGCGUGCAAAGGAAAGGCGGGAGGGAAUGGGCUCACGUUGUGGAUGUCAAUAAGGAAAUCCAGAAUUUCCAUGACCUUGUCCCGGAUAUGGCUCGUGAGUGGCCUUUUGAACUCGACACUUUCCAGAAGGAGGCCGUCUAUCAUCUCGAGAAUGGCGACUCGGUGUUCGUGGCGGCACAUACAUCAGCGGGAAAAACAGUCGUCGCAGAAUAUGCUAUUGCAUUGGCUGCUAAGCAUAUGACAAAGGCGAUUUACACGUCUCCAAUUAAAGCUCUGAGCAACCAGAAAUUCCGGGAUUUCAAGAAUACUUUCGACGAUGUUGGCAUUUUGACCGGUGAUGUCCAGAUCAACCCCGAAGCCAGCUGUUUGAUCAUGACCACCGAAAUUCUACGGAGUAUGCUGUAUCGAGGUGCAGACUUGAUUAGAGAUGUGGAGUUCGUCAUUUUUGAUGAAGUGCACUAUGUGAAUGAUCUUGAGAGAGGUGUUGUGUGGGAAGAGGUUAUCAUUAUGCUUCCUGAGCAUGUCACUUUGAUCCUCCUAUCUGCUACCGUUCCUAACACUUACGAAUUCGCCUCUUGGGUUGGCCGUACAAAGAAGAAAGAUAUUUACGUUAUCUCAACAGCUAAAAGACCUGUUCCUCUUGAGCACUAUCUCUGGGCCGGGAAAGGGAAAUACAAGAUUGUCGACUCGAACAAACGAUUCAUCGAGCAAGGCUGGAAAGAGGCCGAUGAUAUUAUUUCUGGCAAGGAUAAGAUUAAAGCUCAAAAGGCAGCCGAAGCCCAGGCUCAGUCCCAGGCCAGUAGAGGCGGCCCCCAGGGCCGAGGACGUGGACAAACUCCUGCAAGAGGUGGGGCUCGAGGAAAUGCCCAACGAGGUGGAGCGCAACGAGGAGGAAGAGGGCAGCCAUCGAAUAGAGGCACAGGAAACAUUGCUCGAACUGGAAGAGGCGGAGGAAGAACAAGUGCACAACAAGACAAGACUGUUUGGGUACAAGUGGUCCAACAUCUUCGCAAGGAGAAUCUACUGCCUGCCUGUAUAUUCGUUUUCUCUAAAAAGAGAUGUGAACAGAAUGCCGAUUCUCUGUCAAACCAGGACUUUUGCAAUGCUUCAGAGAAGAGUCUUAUUCACAUGACCAUUGAAAAGUCUCUUACUCGACUUAAGCCAGAAGAUAGGGCAUUGCCGCAAAUUUUACGACUACGCGAGCUGUUGGGCCGGGGUAUUGCGGUCCAUCACGGUGGUUUGCUACCUAUCAUGAAGGAGAUUGUCGAGAUUUUGUUCGCGAAAACGUUGGUCAAGGUUCUUUUUGCCACAGAAACUUUCGCCAUGGGUCUGAACUUGCCUACUCGUACAGUGGUUUUCUCAGGGUUCCGCAAACAUGACGGAAAAAAUUUCAGAGAUCUUCUGCCAGGCGAAUAUACCCAAAUGGCGGGUCGCGCGGGACGAAGAGGUCUGGAUACUGUUGGAUAUGUGAUAAUUGUCAGCACUGGCAAGGAUGAGGCACCUCCUGCCGGUGGACUGAGGAAGAUGAUUCUUGGUGACCCGACAAAACUCCGGUCCCAGUUUAGGCUCACUUACAACAUGAUUCUGAAUUUGCUGCGGGUGGAAGCCUUGAAAAUCGAAGAGAUGAUUAAGAGGAGUUUUAGUGAGAAUGCUACACAAGCUUUGCUUCCAGAGCAUGAAAAACAGGUGCAGCUUUCGGAAGCUAGCUUGGAAAAGAUUAGGCGAGAGCCCUGCGAAAUUUGUGACAUUGAUCUAGCGGCUUGUCAUGAUGCCGCGAUCGAGUAUGAGAAAUUGACAAGUGAGCUGCACGUCGGGUUACUCUCUUCUCCUAUUGGAAAGCGUCUCUUUAUGCCCAAGCGGUUGGUUGUAUAUCGCAAGGAUGGAUUUCGAACAGCAGGGGUCAUAAUUCGAGAAGUUGGAGGUGGUCCUAAUCCGGUCAUACAAAUCCUCGAGGUCGGCAAACUGGGCAGCAAACGCCAUCCCAGCGACAUUCUUCCUUUCCUGCCUGCUUUCCGGCAGUUUUUCCAGUCCCUACCAGGCCGUUCUGCAGAUAUGACGCUCAAAGUGUUUAAGGUCCCGAUCGUGGAUAUUGAAUGCGUUACCAAUACUAUGGUGAAGUUGAGUGGACCGCCAUGGUAUCUCAGCAUCAAGAAAGAGGCGAUCAAGUUUGCGGACAAGGAACUGUCCGGGUUGUGCAGCUCAUGGACAACAUCAACCUGGGAUGAAAUGGACUGGGCUCGAAUUAAAGAGCUUCAAGUUCGAGACAUCCUGGACAAACGGCAAGCACAGGCGACGAUUGCCCAAUCUUGCCAGAGUUUGCAAUGCCCCAACUUUUUGAAACACUUCGAGAUGCAACAUGACGAAUGGCAGAUUAAAGAGAACAUUUCCCAGCUGAAGCAGCUCAUGUCAGACCAGAAUCUCCAGCUUCUUCCGGACUACGAACAGCGCAUCCAGGUAUUGAAGGAUCUAGGGUUUGUGGAUGAGCAGUCUCGUGUGCAACUUAAGGGGAAGGUGGCUUGCGAAAUUCAUUCUGCCGACGAGCUCGUCUUGACAGAACUCAUCCUUGAGAAUGUUUUGGCCGAAUAUGAACCAGAAGAGAUAGUCGCGCUCUUAUCUGCGUUUGUGUUCCAAGAAAAAACGGAGAAUGUCCCCACGUUGACCCCCCGCUUGGAAAAGGGUAAGGCAGCCAUUGUCAGGAUAUCCGAUAAGGUGAAUGAUUUCCAGAUCCAGCACCAGGUUAUUCAGUCCAGUGAAGACACCAAUGACUUCGUCAGCCAACCCCGAUUCGGGUUGGCAGAGGUGGUCUACGAAUGGGCCAAAGGGAUGUCGUUCAACCGGAUUACUGAUCUUACUGAUGUGAUGGAAGGCACGAUCGUGCGAACGAUUUCACGAUUAGAUGAGACAUGCCGCGAAGUGAAGAAUGCGGCCAAGCUUGUCGGGGACCCAACGCUCUAUGCGAAGAUGCAAGAGGCACAGGAGAAGAUCAAGCGGGAUGUGAUAUUUGCGGCAUCCCUGUAUAUGUGAGGGUACUGUACUAGACCAAGAAGACUAGAUUAAGAACACCAUCACGAUUGUGGAGAAAAAGGGACCCUGGUUUGUAGAAUUACCCUGUAAAUAGUACCAUUUCUAGUACGUACUAUAGAACCGCCACCAAAUGCCUACUAGUAAGCCCAGGGCGCCCUUGAAGAGAAGAAUUGUAUGGAGAUUGCGAACCACGUG